GUGAAUUCUGGAUUCCAAGCUGCUCAUGUCGUGGAUAUUUCCUUGCCUUUCGAGAGCUCUUUUCGUUUCAAGGACGUAAUGUAGCAUCUGCAGCGAAGGGAAGCGCUGGCUCAAAGGAUCCGACAGUCAGCUCACCCGAGCGCGAGCUCUUUCAAAGAGUUUUGUGAGGUUGCACUCCUUGCUGCUUGCAUUGUGGUUGCAGAUUUGGCCCCACCUAUUGAGCAUUUUGCCUUGAGAGACUUUCUGACAAUUGAGGGUGGAAAAUUUGCUUCCAAGAUGUUCCCCUUUCUUGGACUCAUGUAUAAUCUGCUCUCAGAAAACUAAUGAAGAGCGAGGUUCACAGCCGGAGGAGGAGGAGAAUUUCCGGCAGCUUCAGGCGUAGCUUGCUGGGGGCACUAUGUCUAGGACUCAUCGCACUGGCCUGCAUUUGCUUUACUCUGUUCUUGUUAGCAGCUCCGGAUGCAAACAGCAACGAAGCACUUGGAGUAAUACAACAUCCAGAAGGGUGGAGUGGACGGAGAGGCCUUCAAGACAUGAGGGCGGAAAGCAGCUCUUCAGCUGAGAGAGGCGCUGACGUGGCCACUGACUUGGAGAGCAAAAGUGCAAGCCUGAGUCGAACUAAAGUGGGAGAGAAAGGAAUGCGGGGGCCUGGUCGAAUAAGAAGGGAAGCUGAGAGGCACUUCGGUCUUAAGGGAGUGCAAAGCGGACCUAGGAGUAGGGGUCGAGUUCUAACCUCAAGUGGCUCAAGCAGGGGCAAUGUAGGUGGAUUUAGAAGAGGACUGAUUGGAGCUCAAAUUCAGGGAACUAUCCCGCACAGACCACAUGCACUAGGAGGAGGGGACAAAGAUGAAUUGAGAAAGGAGGUAAACCCAGCAAGUGGUUCGGUACAGGACGGAACCGAGCAGAAUAUGUCGCUGACUCCAUCAGGUCCCAGCUUACCACCAGAUCUAUGGAGCACAUUCGCUCAAUUGGCCAGGCAGCGUCUCAUUCUUGCUGAGCCCCGCCUGCAUGAACGCCGGCACAUUUCGUGCGGAGGCAGCGGGACUGUGGGCUUCCGAAGUUGGCAAGAGCUUGCACGGAGCAUACAAGAGUUCGACGUUCGAUGGCCGUCGGAGGAGCCCGACUUGCGGGCCCUAGUUGCUCGGGCUCAGAACACCGUGCCAGAACUAGAGCGGCGGCCGAGCUGUGCCGUGGUAGGGAACAGCGGACGGUUGUUGCAGCACGAGCACGGGGCGGAGAUCGAUAAACGGGACCUCGUCAUCCGAUUUAACUGGGGCAAAACUGACGGGUACGAGAAACACGUGGGGACCAAGUCACACGUCCGCAUAUACAACGGACCGUACGUCUCGCAAAAACAGCCAGGAGAGAUCACUCUCGCCGAGAUCCGGGAUCCGGCGCUUCGAGAGUGGGUGCGGAAGAGAAAUCGGGAGGAAGCGGAGCACGCUUUCGCCUUCGAUCCCGAGUUUUUGUGCCACGUGUGGGACUGGGUCGGUCGCUCGGGGGAGAAACCUUCGACGGGACUGGUGGGGGUCGUUCUCGCGCUCAACAUCUGCGCAUCAGUCGACGUCUUCGGAUUUCAUUACGAGGACUACUUCGACCCAAAUAUCCAGCCGCACUACUACGACUGGGAACGACCGAAAGUGGGAAGAGAAAAGGCGCACCCGUUCGAGCGAGAGUACCAGCUUUAUCAGCAAUUGGAGUCGGCACGCAUGCUUCAGAUGCAUUGAGACUGAGUAGUUAUCUCAGGUGGCCAACAGUAAUGUCGUUGUAACAUAGCUAGAUGCAUAUUUUGGAUUAACGAACGUCAAAAAGAUCUGG